CCUUCCUUGUUGGGUCGUGCACGCAGCCUUAUUCCCUCCGGCGAGCACUGACACCCUGCGGCCAAAAGCGACAUGACCAAACUGCCCUCCCGUCCCGGUUCCAGUGUCCGGACUCUCCUUUAACUAACUCCCGGUGCCUCCACGCCAUGGAAGCUCAGCUCUCACUUGAUCACUUCCCCAUAGGGGGGAAUGCAGUAACAGCUUGAUGUGACCUCACCUUCACCUCUCCUCUCUCUUCUCUAUCUUUGUUCCCUAUCGUUCGAUUCCGCUCGUCCGCGCCAGCCCAGAUGUUUCUCCACUCCCUCUUGAUGCAAAAGAUGGCAAAGAGCACACAGCAACCAAGAAAAGAUGGCGGCGCGAGGUCAGGUCUGUCGUCCAAGAAGCCCCCGUGGUACCAGUGCGCGGUGGAGGUGCUCUUCCUCAUCUGGAAGCAGCCGGCGGCGGCGGCGCCGACGGCGACGACAAAGGCCGCUGCGGCGUCGGGGGUGACGGCGGCCUCCGGCAAGGCAGCGGCGGCGGCAUCGGGGCCGGGGAAACUGCGCAAGUCGUCGUCGCUGAACGUGGCGGCGUCGUUCACGAGGGUGUGCCUGUGCGCGCCCAUCUCCUCCUACAACAGCGAGUCGCUCUACUGCUUCCAGGCCGACGCGGCACCGCGCCGGAGCUACAGCUACCCGCGCGCGUCGUCGGCGUCCGCGUCGGGGUGCGGCGUUAGCCCACUGGUGGCCCCGCCGCCGGCCGCCGAGCAGACCAGGGGGAGGUCGCCCGCGGGCAAGGCCGGCGAGGGCGCGCGGCGGGUGUUCCGGGGCAAGUCGCUGACGGACGACAUCCUGAUGCGGCGGUUCGUGGUGGACGAGGAGGCGACGCGGCGGCGCAACGAGAUGGAGGUGAUCGGGCGGCGCCACGCGGCGGCCGCCAAGCGCCGGCGCCUGGGCCCCAGCCCGCUCCGCCGGAUGGCACUGGCGGGUUCGGAGCCAGAAGCCGACAAGGAAGCGGAAGCGUCAGCAGCCGGACGGGAAACGGACAAUUCCGCGGCAACAGCAGUAGCGUAGUCGCAAGAGCGGAGCUUUCCUGUGUGCUUUCGAUCGCCUCUGUUUUUCUUUGUCUCCCCAUGCUGUUGUUGCUGUCAGCCUGUCAUGCAAAGGAGAAGGAGAAUCUGGAGCAGUGCCAGUUUCCCAGACGUAGCAGACUCCGGCAACCAGCGCCCGCGUGAGCCCGUGAGUGCGACCACGUCCUCUUCUGCUUCGUUCGUUCUCCUUUUCCUUGGCCGUUUCGGGCACUCGGCUUGGUCCGUCCGCCGACGCGG